AUGGCUCUAAAUUCAAACUCAAAAGCCUUUCUUCUCUUCAACAUGCUCUUCCUAUUAGGUAAUAUAGCAUCUGCUACCGUAUUUACCAUACAAAAUCAAUGCAGUUACACAAUUUGGCCGGGAACACUUUCCGGAAACGGCGCAGCCGUUCUCGGUAAAGGUGGUUUUUCGUUAGCCCCCGGUGCAUCGAUUAACCUAACUGCACCGUCGGGCUGGUCGGGACGUUUCUGGGCUCGAACUGGUUGUAAAUUCGACGGUGCAGGCAAUGGUGAAUGUACAACCGGGAAUUGUCCCGGUGGAUUAAAUUGCAUAGGAGGAGGUACUCCACCAGUGACAUUGGCGGAAUUCACCAUAGGAUCAGCCGGUAACGGCGGUAAGGAUUUCUACGACGUGAGUUUGGUGGACGGUUACAAUGUGGGAGUAGGCAUAUGGGCUAAUGGAGGAACCGGUGACUGCCAAUAUGCCGGGUGUGUUACGGAUUUAAAUCGUAACUGUCCGACGGAACUUAGGGUGAGUGGCGGUGGCGGUGGAGGUGCUGGUUCGGUUGUGGCGUGUAAGAGCGCGUGUUUGGCGUUUAAUACGGAGGAAUACUGUUGCACCGGCGAACACUCGACGCCGGAAAGAUGUUCGCCGACACGGUAUUCGGAGAUAUUUAAGAAAGCGUGUCCAACUGCUUACAGUUAUGCUUAUGAUGAUGCUUCAAGCACUUGCACAUGUUCUGGUUCUAGUUACAGGAUCGCGUUUUGCCCCAGAGGAUCAUCGUGA